AUGAACAAAAAUGACUUUUUCUUGCCAGAUUGUGAAGGAAAGGAUUAUAGUGGAGCUCAGACCUCCUCUUCCUCGCCCUCCUCUUCCUCCUCCUCCUCUACCUCCUCUCAGCCGGGGGCCAGGCGAGCGUCGCAGGACUUCCUGGGCCGGUUUGCCCAGGUGAACGCCCCCAACAGCGGGGACCGUAAACACCGCGACGCCAGCGCCGUCCUGCCGUUCAUCGGCCUCACCAACAGUGCCGAGCAGAGUCGCAGCUGCUGUAAGAAUGGAGGAACCUGCAUCCUGGGCAGCUUCUGUGCCUGCCCUCCGUUCUUCACCGGCAGGAGCUGCGAGUACGACACGCGCCACAGGAUGUGUGACUUUAUUCCUCACGGUGAGUGGGUCCAGAAGGGCUGCUCCUACUGUCGCUGUGGUUACGGCGUCCUACACUGCUUCCCUCACGUCUUCCACAAAGACUGCGGUGAGAUUCCUUUUUGCACUCCACCUUUCCCCAGCAGAGCCGUUGCACAGAUUUGUGACAGACAGAAGCUGAAGUGGUUCUGGGAGCAGAAGAUCGUCCAGCACGGCCGGCAGAUGGACCUGGAGGAGCACCGCGUGAGGAGCAGCGCGCUCGCAAGACUACGGGAGCGGUGGGUUUACUGCCUGGAUCAGAGGAACCAGCAGCAGCAAGAUUUCUUCGAGGAGAGAAUGAGAAAAGUACAGAGGGUUCAGCAGCAUUCACCCUGACUGAACUUCCCCGAGGCUCAUUAUGAAGCCCGUUCACACAGCCAGGCUCUGACUCUGUGGAGCUCAUCUGGUUAA